CUGUCAUUGGUGGAUUCCCAGAGGGGGCAAAGAUGAGCACCCGGUCAAGCGGCCUUAAAUGCGUCACAGCACUCCUGCGAGGGUCUUUCUACGUGACCUGCAGCUGCAGAGCAGAUACUACCAUGUCCACCCUGAAGGAGAUCUGCGGCGGUUUACCGCUGGACCCUUUGCCCCCGAGCCGAGCACGAGACCCCAGCGUGCCCCACGCGCCCGUUCGCACGCCAAACCUCACAACCCAAGAGGAGCGGCUGGCAAUAAGAAACGCCCUCCGCUACUUCCCCCCGGCCCAUCAUGCCACUCUGGCGCCAGAAUUUGCUGAAGAACUGCGUCAGUACGGGCACAUCUACAUGUACCGCUUCAGUCCUACGCUACGCAUGAGAGCGUACCCCCUACACGAGUACCCGUGCCGCACACGCCAAGCCGCCUCCAUCAUGCUCAUGAUCAUGAACAACCUGGACCCGGCCGUGGCCCAGUUCCCCCAGGAGCUGGUGACCUAUGGAGGAAAUGGGCAGGUGUUCAGCAACUGGGCCCAGUUCCUCCUGGUGAUGCGUUACCUGAGCGAGAUGACGGAGGAUCAGACGCUGGUCAUGUACAGCGGGCACCCCAUGGGUCUCUUCCCCAGCCUGCCUUCCUCGCCUCGCGCCAUCGUCACCAACGGCAUGGUUAUUCCCAACUACUCCUCCAGGGAGCAAUAUGAGCGCAUGUUUGCUCUGGGCGUGUCAAUGUACGGCCAAAUGACGGCGGGCAGCUACUGCUACAUUGGACCUCAAGGGAUCGUUCAUGGCACUAUGCUGACGGUGCUGAACGCUGGUCGGAGGUACCUGGGCUCCGGUGACCUGAGGGGGCGGGUCUUUGUCACCUCCGGCCUGGGGGGCAUGAGUGGCGCUCAGGCUAAAGCCGCCGUCAUCGCCGGUUGCAUAGGCGUGAUUGCGGAGGUGGACGAGGCUCCUCUGAGAAAGCGACACGAGCAGGGUUGGCUGAUGGAGGUGACCAGCGAUAUGGAUCACUGCAUUAAACGCAUCAGGGAAUCUCGAAGCUCAAAGGCUCCCCUCAGUUUGGGUUACCAUGGCAACAUUGUGGACCUGUGGGAGCGUCUGCUUGUGGAGUACCAGAGGACGGGUGAACUCCUGGUGGAUCUGGGCUCAGACCAGACCUCCCUUCACAACCCCUUCAACGGCGGCUACUACCCAGCGCAGCUCAGCUUCCGCCAGGCCAACCGGCUCAUGUCCACGGAUCCCGGCCUGUUCCGCCGCAUGGUCCAGGAAAGCCUGCGAAGACACGUGAACGCCAUCAACAAGCUGUCGGAUGCCGGCAUGUUCUUUUGGGACUAUGGAAACGCCUUUCUACUGGAAGCACAAAGAGCCGGUGCUCAGGUAGAAAAGGUUGGAGGAGGAGCCACAGAAUUCCGCUACCCGUCCUACGUCCAGCACAUCAUGGGGGACAUUUUCUCUUUGGGCUUCGGCCCAUUUCGCUGGGUGUGCACAUCCGGCGACCCCCGGGAUCUCGCCCUAACCGAUGACCUCGCCGCCUCGGUCCUGGAGGACAUCAGCGCCAACGUGGCAGACGGCAUCAGACAGCAGUACGACGAUAACAUCCUCUGGAUCAGGGAGGCUGGGAAGCACCAAAUGGUUGUGGGAUCCCAGGCCAGAAUUCUCUACUCGGACCAGAAAGGAAGAGUCGCCAUCGCUUUGGCCAUCAACCAAGCCGUUGCUGAUGGACGAGUUUCUGCUCCCGUGGUGAUCAGCAGAGACCACCAUGACGUCAGCGGCACCGACAGCCCCUUCAGAGAGACGUCCAACGUGUACGACGGAUCUGCCUUCUGUGCAGAUAUGGCGGUUCAGAACUUUGUGGGUGAUGCGUUCAGGGGCGCCACCUGGGUGGCCCUGCACAACGGCGGAGGCGUCGGCUGGGGCGAGGUGAUGAACGGAGGAUUCGGCCUGCUGUUGGACGGCUCCGAGGAGGCGGCAAAGCGAGCCUCCCUGAUGCUCAGCUGGGACGUCUCCAAUGGGGUGGCUCGGCGCUGCUGGUGCGGAAACGCCAACGCCUACCAGACCAUCCAGCGCACCAUGCAGGAGGACGGAAAGUUGCGGGUCACCAUGCCUUUCCCUGUGCAGGAUGAGCACGUCCUGGACAGUGCCCUGCAGGGCUAGCUCACGUUAGCGAAUGCUAAACGGAGAGGUGUUUUUCAUAUCAUAUUCAUAUCGAGUCCCUGUCUCGCACCUAAAUAAUCCAUGACUAUUAAAGAUGAUGUUUAUGGUGCCUCCUAUGGGGUGUGGUCAAAAGAUGUGCUAGCUUACGGUACAUGUCAUACCGAUAUCCUGCACUAUCAUGUAGCCUACAACAUGUCCAAUGUUUCAUUCCCUGCACUUACAGUGGUGGGAAAAAGUGUUUGCCCCCUUCCUGAUUUCUUAUUUUUGUGCAUGUUUGUCACAUUUAAAUGUUUCAGAUCAUCAAACAAAUGUAAAUAUUAGUCAAUGACAACACAACUCAACACUUUAUGCACUUUUUAAAUGAAACUUUUUAUUAUUAAGGGAUAAAAACAAUCCAAAGCUACAUGGCCCUGUGUGAAAAAGCGAUUGCCACCCCCCUGUUAAAACAUGACUGAGAUGAAUUGAGAUCUAUCAGUGUGGAAAAGGUUCUAAAGCCAUUUCUAAAGCUUUGGGACUCCAGCCAACCACAGUGAGAGCCAUUAUCCACAAAUGGCUAAAACAUGGAACAGUGGUGAACCUUCCCAGCCAACCAAAAUGACCCCAAGAGCGCAACGACGACUCAUGUGAGAGGUCACAAAAGACCCCACAACAACAUCCAAAGAAGUGCAGGCCUCACUUGCCUCAUUAAGGUCAGUGUUCUUGACUCCACCAUAACAAAGACAAAAACGGCCUGCAUGGCAGAGUUCCAAGACCAAAACCACUGCUGAACAAAAACAACAUUAAGUCUCGUCUCAAUUUUGCCAGAAAACAUCUUGAUGACCCCCAAGACCUUUGGGAAAAUACUCAAAAGUUGAACUUGUGUCCCAUUACAUCUGGCAUUUCAGAAAAAGAACAUCACAGCAACAGUAAAAUAUGGUGGUGGUAGUGUGAUGGUCUGCUUCAGGACCUGGAAGACUUGCUGUGAUGAAUGGAAGCAUGAAUUGUGCUGAAGGAGAAUGUUGGUGACCUCAAGCUGAAAGCAACUUGGGUUCUGCAGCAGGACAAUGAUCCAAAACACACCAGCAAGUCCACCUCUGAAUGGAUGAAGACUUUGGAGUGGUCUAGUCCAAGUCCUGACCUGAAUCCUAUUGAGAUGCUGUGGUAUGACCUUGACAAGGAAAAGCCUCCAAUGUGGCUGAAUGACAACAAUUGUGCUAAAUUCCUCCCCAGCGCUGGAAGAGACUCAUUGCAAGUUAUCACAAACGCUUGAUUGCAGUUGUUGCUGCUAAGGGGGGCCAACCACUUAUUAGCUUUAGGGGGACAUCACUUUUUCACACGGGGCCACAUAAUAAUAAAAAGUUUCAUUUAGAAAGUGCAUCAAGUGUUGAGCUGUGUUGUCGUUGACUGAUAUUUAAAUUUGUUUGAUGAUGUGAAACAUUUAAGUGUGACAAACAUGAAAAAAGAACCGCUUUUCCACACCCCCGUAUGUACGUCCAGUGUUUGCAUAUAUAAAGAGAAUGUAUGAUGA